AAAGAGAGGGUGGCUUUUGUAUUUAGUAAAGCUAUAAAGCUGUUAGAGAAAUUGGCUUUCCGAGUUAUGAAACUGUGCAGAAAGUUGAGGAAGAAAGAACUCAAGUACAACCCAAUGAGGGCCAACUUCUUAAGUUUCUACCAGCUGAAGUUGCUGAUUCUGGUAUUUAUACUUGUAUUGUCAGAAGUCCCACAUUCAAUAGGACUGGAUAUGCAAAUGUCACCAUAUAUAAAAAACAACCAGAUUGCAAUGUUCCAGAUUAUUUGAUGUAUUCAACAGUAUCUGGAUCAGAAAAAAAUUCCAAAAUUUAUUGUCCUAACAUUGACCUCUACAAUUGGACAGCACCUCUUGAGUGGUUUAAGGAUUGUCAGGCUCUUCAAGGAUCAAGGUACAGGGCGCACAAGUCAUUUUUGGUCAUUGAUAAUGUGAUGACUGAGGACGCAGGUGAUUACACCUGUAAAUUUAUACACAAUGAAAAUGGAGCCAAUUAUAGUGUGACGGCAACCAGGUCCUUCACGGUCAAGGAUGAGCAAGGCUUUUCUCUGUUCCCAGUAAUCAGAGCCCCUGCACAGAAUGAAACAAAGGAAGUGGAAAUUGGAAAAAACGCAGACCUAACUUGCUCUGCUUGUUUUGGAAAAGGCGCUCAGUUCUUGGCUGCUGUCCUGUGGCAGCUUAAUAGAACAAAAAUUACAGACUUUGGUGAACCAAGAAUUCAACAAGAGGAAGGGCAAAAUCAAAGUUUCAGCAAUGGGCUGGCUUGUCUAAACAUGGUUUUAAGAAUAGCUGAUGUGAAGGAAGAGGAUUUAUUGCUGCAGUACGACUGUCUGGCCCUGAAUUUGCGUGGCUUGAGAAGGCACACCGUAAGACUAAGUAGGAAAAAUCCAAGUAAGGAGUGUUUCUGAGUCUUUGGUCACCUGAACUUUCUGUAGCAAGUGUAAGCAGGAUGGAGUGUGGUUCUGAGAGAUCCAUCAAGACAAUGGGAAUGGCCUGUGCCGUAAAAUGUGCUUCUCUUCUUCGGGAUGCUGUUUGCUAUCCGGUCUUUGUAGACUGUUCCUGUUUGCUGGGAGCUUCUCUGCUGCUUAAGUUCCUCCUCCUCCCCCACUCACUCCUAUCAUUGGUUUCUCUAGAACACUCAGCUGCUUCUUUGGUCAUCCUUGUUUUCUAACUUUAUGAACUCCCUCUGUCUCACUGUAUGUGAAAGAAAAUGCACCAACAACAGUAAACUGAACGUGUUCUUUUGGGCUCUUUUAUAACUUGUAUUACAUGUUGUAAGCAUGGUCCCUUCUGUACCUUUUUCUGGUCAUAAUGAACACUCAUUUUGUUAGCGAGGGUGGUAAAGUGAACAAAAAGGGGAAGUAUCUGACUACUGCCAUUUCAGUGAGAAAAUCCUAGGUGCCACUUUAUAAGACAUUUGUUAGGCCAUUCUUGCAUUGAUAUAAAGAAAUACCCGAGACUGGGCGAUUUGUAUGAAAAGAGGUUUAAUUGGCUCAUGGUUCUGCAGGCUGUAUGGGAAGCAUGGCGGCAUCUGCUUCUGGGGACACCUCAGGAGCUUUACUCAUGGCAGAAGGCAAAGCAAAGGCAGGCACUUCAAAUAGAAAAGCAGGAGCGAGAGAGAGCUGCCACACUUAAACAGCCACAUCUCAUGAGAAGUCACUCACUAUUGCAAGGACAGCAUCAAGGGGAUGGUGCUAAACCAUUCAUGAUGAACUUACCCCCAUGAGCCAAUCACCUCCCACCAGGCUCCACCUCGAAUACUGGGGAUUACCAUUCAGCAUGAGAUUUGGGCAGGAACACAGACCCAAACCAUAUCACACACAUUAUCAUUGUUAAACUUUAUAAAGUAUUUAAGGUACAUGGAACACAUGGGAAGUCUGGUAGCUCAGCCCAUUUCUUUAUUGCAUCUGUUAUUCACCUUGCAAUUCAGGUACCACCUAUUCCAGGGAGCCUUUCUUGGCCCUCAGUUUGCAGUAUACACACUUUCCAAGUACUCUUGUAGCAUCCUGUUUGUAUCAUAGUACUGGUCACAUUGCCUUACCUAAAUCUGUUUGACAGUCUGCUCAACAUGACCGCAAGUUCCAUGAGGGCAGGGACAUCAUCUCAUCCAUCUUUGGGUCCUUAGUGCAAUACCUGGCAGCUAGCCAGCGCUCAAUUAAAUAUUUGUUGACUGAAUAAAUGAAUGCACAACCAAAUUAUUGAUACCAAAUUUUUUUGUGUGUACAUUUCUACUUCUCUAGCUAUAAGUCUUAAUUAUACAACAAAAUACUAUUUUAUAUUUAUGCUUGGUAAAUUCAAUAACAUUCCUCAUCAUUUGGAAAGUCAAAUUGUUUAUUGCUUCCCUACAGUUUUUUCUGAAUCUAGCAGGAUUUUAAUGAUAUCAUUAUACUUUGACACAAUAAAAGGACAACAUGAAACUGACGAAUCUUUAUUGGGUUAAUUUCAGAUGCUAUAUAAUCUUUUAAAAUGUAACAUUCUUUUUUAUAUAUAAAUAAUUGGUGGCAUCACAAAUAGCCAAAGCAGCGUGGAGAGAGUGAUCCCUCCUGGGUGCAGGCAAGAAGGGGAUAUGUUGUCUACAGAGUUUUCAAAAACAGUGACAAAGCUGUCUACAAGUCAUUGUGCUUUUUAUCAUCAUUACGCCCAGACAAUGUGAAACAUCAGAGAUGAAGUGCUCCUCCCACAGAGUUGGACUGAUCCUUCUCCCCACUCCUGUGGUGUGUCUCUGAAUGCAAUGUUGUCUUGGAAAAUAGCUUUCCAAGCAUUUCACUCCUGAGCACUUCUCAGUUUCCUCACUUGUUCUUCGCAUAUCCAGGCAAAGACAUCCUGUUUGCUAUAUGAAGCAUUGUAUCCCGUAUAAAAGGAAGGAAAGAGAGAAAUAUAUUUUUACACUCAUCACUCCUCAGGGGCUGUACAACCAUGUAGAAAUUGUUUAAUGUGCUUUUCAAAUAGCCAAAGAAAGUGUUAAACCCUGAGUUCCCACCCAUGUGUGUGCUAUGGUCCAGAUUCAUCCAGAUACACACAGAGAGGCACAACAGGAGGAGAAAGGAUAGGGGUGUGGGGACAGCGGGCCCCCAGUAUGGUGUAAUCGUGGCAGGUCUCUGCCUGAAGUGGUAUAUGGGGUUUUUCUUGUUUUAAUUUUGACCUUAACUCCUGAUUUGUAAGUUUUUCAUAAAAUAGACAGAAACAUAACUCAUGUAGAUGGCUAUAAGUGCCGUAGUGUUCUGUGGGUCUCUGGUGUCUGCCAGUGAUAAGUGUGGCACCCCAGGAAGGCUGUGGACCCCAUCAAGGUGCUAUGUGAGGGCCAUGCUUGGGGUGCUGGUGGGCCCAGUGGACCCUGCAGCUAUCCAUCCAGCCUGCCCACCCUCACUGCCCUUGUGUCCUCCUGCUUUGCUAUGUUAUCAUUGAUCAAUGUCCCUGGUUACCUAUGUGUUGGAAUUGUCUUUGUGUUACAGGUGUUUAAUGAUUUUGUUCCUUCUAGCUUAUUUGUAUUUCACCUGUUUUUCUUUAAAUCAACAUGGUUACACUCUGUUUCAGCAACUGUAUAAAUUAAACACAAAUUAUUACUACUGCUA